CACCGCCGAAUCCUCUGGCUACAUUCCUUGCGGGACUCGCGCGGUGUGCAGUGUGACGUCCAAAGCCGUCGACCCAUGUCGUCUCUUAGGUUCCUUGCUCCGCGAGCGGUCAAGACCUCGCUCGUCGGGCCAGAUUACUGCUCACGAGUAUACAAAAUAAAAGUAAUACUCAGCAGGUCAUUCUAUAGACAGCCAUCCAAGACAGAAAUGCCGAUGCUGCAGCCACGUAUUCAGUCGAUAAAACCUAUCGUGAACGAAGGAGAUACCGACUUCGGAACGCGAUCAUCUCUGUCACGCAGAAGAGAGAGGGAUGGAGAAAGUACGAGCUUUGGAACGCGGCGAUCUGUUUCACGCAGAGGGGAGAGGGACGAAGGAGAUACAGACUUUGCAAUGCGGUCAUCUGUGUCACGCAGAAGAGGGAGGGACGAAGGAGACACAAACUUUGGGGCGCGGUCAUCUUUGUCGCGCAGAGGGGAGAGAGACGACGGCCAUACAGACUUCAGAGUACGACCAUCCGUAUCACGCAGAGGGGAGAGGGACGAAGGAGACACGGGCUUUGGAAUACGACCAUCUGCGUCGCGCGGAGGAGAGAGGCCAGAACACUGGGCGUCAGAAAGCUCGAGCUGGGACAGGCCAAAACGCGCCGCGGCAUACAGCUCGAAGCAGGAAAUGCCCGAGCGAGCCUCGUAUGUGCGGACAUUCAGAAGAGCGACAACAGCAGAGGAGCCGCGCGCCGAAGCCGAAGACGACACAGAGCCGGUGUUCGAUAAGAGGCUGCUGACAGAAGAGGAGAGGCCGAAGAGAACACCACCUUCGCACCCACCGCCAGAACAAUUUCGUUGGAAGAAAAAAGGGAGGAAAAUACAAAUAUUGUGAGUGUCGCCACGCCACGGAUCCCAGCCCCGCGUUGCUCAUCACCACGGCCACCUCCCACGCAGCCACAACCCAGACGACCCGACCUCGUGCCGGGUCCUGAAGCUGCUCGAGAGAGCGCGUGCAGAGCCGUUCCCGCCAAAGAGCAAGCACUCCCAGGAGCCCAAGCUCGUGAAGCGCAGGCGGCGCGGCGGGCCAACGCACAUCCUGCCGCCCCCGCCCCCGCCGCCGUUGGAGUACGAGCUGCACGUGCGGGUCGGGCCGCCGACGGCCGAGCAGUUCCGGGUGCUGAUGGCGCUCGUGUCGGAGCGUGCGCCGAGCUACGUGAAGGCGUUCCUGGACCCGUCGCAGGCGCGGUACGGCGCGCACGCGACGAAUGAGCGGGAGCUCGCCGCGCUCGUCACGGCGGACAAGCGCCUGUUGCUGUGGCCGAUCGUCGUGAGCUGGCCCGCGCGCUGGGCCGCGGUCGGGAGCUACAAGCAGGUGUACGCGUUCCUGCGCCGCAUCGCGGACAGGCGGCCGCUGCCGAAGCUCGAGGGCACGCCUGUCUUCGACCCCGAGAUCCUCGCCCGGGAGGUCGUCCAAGGCCCGUCGUACCUCGCCAAGCACCUCACCGCGAGCGAUUUGGCCGAGCUCGAGGACAUCACGGCGUAGCUAUACGACGCACGUCCCUGCUUGCGCCCCUCUCCCCUCCAUGUGCAGCGGAUCUGGGAUCUUCGUCUUCGUCGCGUGCCUGGCGGCUCUACACAUCGCGCACGACUCUUGUUUAGGUUGCGGUGCUCGCGUCACCCGUGGUCUCAUCCAGCAUCAAGGGUCUAGGUUGCUGGCCCCUACCUUCUACUCUCAUCUAUCUCGGCACAAACGACGCUAGAACUGGCGAUCAGCAGCUCAGGCCGUGGCGCUUGAUGUACAAUGGGAGCAUCGGAUCCGAGAAACUGUCUCAUUGUUGUUGUCUCAUUGUUCAUCUAGCGGCUCAUCAUGUCUUAGACUCCUUGUCUCAGUGGACGUGAUUUCUCGAUAGAGUACACAAAUAAUGGGGGACUGUGUUGUGAGCUUGUGAAGCCGGUCGUUAUGCGCUUACUGCAAUCAAAUUCUACCUUUUUUCUU